GAUUGGCCGGCCCUAUAUCAUCAAUGUUGCCACCGCCCGCUAUCGCAAUCCCAGGAAGCAGUCGCAGUCGCCCACACGCUUGCGCGCUUAGCAUCGGCCAGAGAAAAAAAAUCUAUCUGUGGAUGUCGGAUGCAUGGCGGAGGUGGUAGCUCCCGGCCAAGACCCAGACACGCCCCCAACCCAGCCGCGUCGCCUGCACGGCAAGAAGCGCGCCGCCGACGGCCAGCUCGAGUCGGAGCAGCGCCUGAGCAAGCGCUUCGACCUGCUGAAUCCAGACAAUGGCACGCGCCUGUACCUCCCCGUCGCAUCGUCGUCUGACGCCGCCCUGACCCCAGGCCAACGCGCGAGACAAGCCGCAGAACCAGUCCCGGUCCCCGCCGCGCCCAAGACAGAGACGAAGCGGCCGCGGCCGCCUCCACCAGACGACUGCAUGCAGGUCGAGGACACGCCGCACCGUGUCUACAUCGCCGACCUGGACGCCGAGCUGUCCGACAUAGAGUCCGACGAAGACAACCCCAUCUUCCUGCAGGACAUCGAGAAGCACCUCGCCAAGAUACCCAAGCAUGUGUUGACGGGCCCCGAGCCGAAGCCCACCAAGGACAACCAGCUGAUCCUGUACAACGUGCCCAGCAGCCUGACGGUGCCCGAGGCGCAGGACAGCGUGCGCAAGGCCAUUGUGGAGGCGCGUGGGAGGAUAAGAGAGAGGCAGACGAGCAGGAGCGGCACCGUGGAGCCGGCAACAGCCCCAGCGGCAACAAGCGCGACAGAGAUACCCCCACCGUCUUUUGAUUCGGAUGCCAUGGACAUCGACUAGGAUCUAGCUAUGGCGUAAUGCAUUCUUUCCAUAAAAUCGAGCGAACACGCCUUCAAAGAAUCUGAACUGGGUAUUGAUAUUGUAUCUACUAGUAACAUCGCUCAUAAUGCAGUGAUCCAGUCACGCAAGCCCUUCCAUCCAAACCCUCGCAUAUCCCAAAUAAAUUACCCUCUUACUUCCUGAAUCUGCCCAACAACCCCGCCAGCCUCGCCUGCGCUGGCCGCGGCGGCAUCUCCUGCUGGAAGCCGCUCUGCCCACCCGUCUGCUGCGCGCCCAUCGGCGGCGGCGGCGGAUACUGCCCCAUCUCGACGUUGCCCGGCGCCUGAUUGGGAUCCAUCUUAGACGCACCCGGGGGCGGCACGUAUCCCGGGGGCGCAUCGCCGUUGUACAUGGGUGGCGGCUCGGGCCACGUGCCAUCUGGACGGGGUCCGUAGGCCUGCUGUUGCUGCUGCUGCUGCUGCUGUG